UGACUAAUAUAUCUUUUAAUACAUUAAAACUGGACUUGACAACAUGUUGAAAUUUAUACGUGGCAAAGGACAACAGCCUACAGCUGAAAGGCAACGUUUACAAAAGGAAUUAUUUUCAUAUAGAAAGACCGCUCAACAUGGAUUUCCACACAAGCCAUCGGCAAUGGCCUAUGACCCCAUAUCCAAAUUAAUGGCCAUUGGUACACAAACUGGAGCUAUAAAAGUAUUUGGCCAACCUGGUGUAGAGUUUUAUGGACAGCACGCAUUGGUCAACAAUCUGGGCUCAGAAUUAAAUGUUCAACUGAUUGAAUGGGUAUACGGAACGGGUCGUCUGUUGUCGUUGACUGCUGCGAAUCAACUGAUUUUGUGGGAACCAGCUGGUGCUACUCUGGUAGCUGUUAAAACCUUACCAUUCGAUGGCAAACUAAAGAAAGUGUCAUCCCUAUGCUGCUCCUUGGGUAAAGACGUCGUUUGGAUUGGUACUGAGAACGGUGAUGUGUAUCAGUUCGAUUUACAAACAUUUGCGUUACGUGAACCGGUAAUUUAUCAUGAUGUUGUACUGGAGCAAGUACCUUCCACAUAUAAAUUAAAUCCUGGUGCAAUUGAGUCUAUUCGCCAACUGCCGAAUGACCACAACAAACUAUUGAUUGCCUACAACAGAGGGCUAUGUGUUUUAUGGGAUUUAGAAACGUCAUCGGUUGUAAGGGCUUACAUUGCCCCUGGCCAUGGACAAAGUGUUGGCCUUUUCGUCGAUUCCACAGGAUCGCAAUUUACUUGGUAUCAUGCUGAUGGCUCAUUUGCCACCUGGAACAUUGGCAGUGGCGAUCCACCUAAAAAUGUUAACUAUGUGCCUUAUGGACCCGACCCAUGUAAAAGUAUUAACCGUUUGUACAAAGGCAAGAGGGGAUCAAGCGAAAUGUCCAUUUUCUCCGGUGGUAUGCCACGUUCGGCAUACGGGGAUCAUCAUUGCGUCUCUGUACAUGAUUCAGAUGGCAAUAAAAUAUGUUUGGAUUUUACAUCCAAAGUCAUUGACUUCUUUGUAACGUUUGCCGAAGACUCUCCUGACUCAGCGGAGGUGUUGAUUGUUUUACUUGAAGAAGAAUUGUGUGCCUAUGAUUUGACAGAUCCAAAGAUUCCACCCAUAAAAGCUCCUUAUUUACACUCUGUUCAUACUUCAGCUGUUACCUGCAAUUACUUGGCUUCUCAAGUAAGCCACGAAGUAUACGAGAAAAUUGUCAAAGCUGGAGAAGAGCAGGAUAAACAUUAUAGUAACAUGGAAUGGCCGAUAAAAGGAGGCGAAUUGGCAGAGGCCGACGACGACGAGAGUGGCGAUGAAGGUGAAAAGUUUUAUGAAAUUCUGCUGACGGGCCAUGAGGACGGCUCUGUGAAAUUUUGGGAUUGUACAGGAGUAGUGUUGAAACCUAUAUACAACUUUAAGACCGCAUUAUUAUUUGGACAUGAAAAUCAAGAUGAUUUGCCAGCUGCCGAGAGUUCUGAAAUAAUUGAUGAAGGUGAUCCUCCAUUCCGCAAGGCUGGCCUUUUCGAUCCGUAUUCCGAUGAUCCACGUUUAGCUGUAAAGAAAGUUGCCUUGUGUCCCAAAACAGGACGCUUGAUUGUUGGUGGAACAGCUGGCCAAAUUGUUAUUGCCCACUUUGAAAGUGAUGAAUCUAAGAAAACCCCCCUACAGGUUAGCUACAUGAAUUUGGUCAGUGAUCGUGACGGCUUUGUAUGGAAGGGUCAUGACCAAUUGAAUGUACGCGAAAAUUUACUUGCGUCGGAUGCCGAACCGGUAGGGGACGAAGGUGUUCAUAUUACGGGUGUUUUACAAGUAUCACCACCGGCCAGCAUAACCUGCUUAGCCUUGGAAGCUAAUUGGGGUUUAGUAGCAGGCGGUACUGCCCACGGUUUGGUAUUGUUUGAUUUUAAGAAUUUCCUUCCCGUAUUCAAUCGUUGCACGUUAAAUCCAAAUGAUCUCACUGGAGCUGGUGAGCAGUUGCCGCGUCGCAAAUCAUUUAAGAAAUCGUUGCGUGAAUCUUUCCGUAAACUGCGUAAAGGCAGAUCUACCCGCAACAAUCCUUCAAAUCAAGUACCAACAACUCUGGAAGCUCGUCCUGUAGAACGUCAAGUAGAAGCACGUUCCACCAGUGAUGACGGCAUGGGCUCUAUGGUGCGUUGUCUGCUUUUUGCAAAGACUUACAUAACAAAUGUAAACAUAACAUCGCCUACACUGUGGUCGGCUACCAAUUCCAGUACAAUCUCAGUAUUCUUGUUACAUUUACCGCCGGCACAAACUGCUGCCACAUCGGUCCCACCUACAGGCGUUGAUGCUAAUGCUUCGGCACCGCUGCCACAAACACGUCGGGUAUCGGCCCAAAUUGCAAAAGAAAUACAACUUAAACAUCGUGCUCCCGUGGUGGGCAUUACAGUAUUCGAUGCAUCUGGCUGUCCUGUAGAUCAGUUGGGUGGUGGCAAUGGAACUGCUCCCCAUCGUGUUCUAAUUGCUUCCGAAGAACAGUUUAAAAUAUUUUCACUGCCGCAAUUAAAGCCAAUCAAUAAAUACAAAUUAACUGCCAAUGAAGGUGCUCGUGUUCGUCGUAUACAGUUGGCUUCGUUCUCAUGCCGUGUCCCCGCCGAAUAUUUGCAAGGCGCCCAAUCUGGUAGUUCCCCAACAAAGUCCACACGUUCUCAGGAUCAAAAUGAGGGUGGAGCCAACGCCAGCAUGACAUCGGCCAGCAAUUUGGAAAAUUAUCAUGAAAUGGCGUUGGUUUGUUUGACUAAUUUGGGUGAUUUAAUGGUAUUAUCGGUGCCUGAAUUGAAAAGACAACUGAAUGCAGCCGCUGUAAGAAGAGAAGAUAUAAAUGGAAUUUCCUCACUUUGCUUUACCAAUUAUGGCGAAGCAUUGUAUAUGAUGUCCUCUUCCGAGAUACAACGCAUUGCUUUGGGUACGUCUAAGGCGGUGACACCACAAGGUACCAUUGCUGUCGACCAACUACAAAUAAAUGAAUCAGUGCAAAAUGAUGAUAAGGAAUCUGUAAAGGAAGAGUAUGAAUCGAAUGCAGCCUCCUCUCCAACUCAUGCACCGGCUGCUGCUAAACGUACCGCCGCUGCCACUAGUAUUACAACAACCACCACUUCCAGCAAAACAGUUGGAGUUGAACAUUCCGGCGGAUUAACAAAUGGCAUUGGUGAAGGUAAUUCACCAAAUAAAGCCAAUGAAACCAUUAGCAGUUCAAUUGGCGAUAUAACUGUAGAUUCUGUUAGAGACCAUUUGAAUGCCACAACAACCACUUUGUGUUCCACAACAACAGAGGAAACAGUUGGACGUUUGUCUGUCAUGAGCACUCAAACAAAUCAGACAUUAACGAGUGUGAAUAUGAAGGAUAUACCCGAUAUAAAUAUACCCAAUUUAAUGGAUUUGGCACCCCUGAGCAAUACCACCGAAACCAGCACCAGUUCUGUGGUAAUCAAAUCUGUAAUAACAAGUAUUUCUCACGAGAAGACAAAUGGAGAAUCCGAAACGAUAACUACGAAAACAACAACACACGAAGAAAGCCAAUUCUAGAUUACAAAAUAAAAAAUGCUGCUUCAUCACCCCAUAUAUCAACACCACCACUACAUUGCAGAGUAA